CCUCCCGGGAGGAAAAGAAGGCGAAUAAGCCGCAACCGACGCCCGGCCGGACAACAGAGAACAACAAAAACACAACCGAAACCCCGCAGAACCGGAACCGGAGGCCGUAGCUCACCGGCAGCGGAACCCACCGGUCGACGGGCUUCCAUCGGCGGGUCGGCGGCGCUCGGGACGCGGCGGCGCUACCGGACACACCUGGCUGUUCCCACCUGUCGUAUGGCGGAUGUCAGGAGCCUGGGAUUUUAAUCUCUCUGUCACGCGCACACGCACGCGCAGAGGCUCGUAUGACAGCUGUUUACGCUGGAAAUAUCAGACGAUUAGAACUCAAGUUAGAAAGUCCCGCUGUCCACGUUUUUUGGGGCUUUUUUUCUCUCUCCAGGGGCCAGAAAGGACAGUGUGUGUGUGUGUGUGUGUGUGUGAGAGUGUGCGAGUGUGUGUGAGUGUGUGUGGUCUGUAUCGUCCACUUCACCGAAGCUCUUUUAAUCUCUAAAUCCAUUUUCUCACAGAGGAGUGGUGUGUGUGUGUGGGUGUGUGGGUGUGUGUGUGUGUAGAGGGAGAGGGUGUUCGUCUUGUUGAGCUCAUAACACUCCUCACCAGCUCACACCGGGCGCCAUAUCCCCCUUGUUAUUUAUUCAUGUGUUCACAAAGCGGCUCGGCGAGUCACCGGCUUUCCACGCCGCCGCCGCCUGCCGGUGGCGCCCGCCUGUAGCCGCUCGCGCUCCCCGAACUCUUCACCUUCGGUGUCCUCCGGCCGGAUGCCUCCCGCCUAACUCACCCGUCCACCAGCGAAUACCCGUGACCCCCUGGGAUGGAUGGCGGCCUCCUGUAAGUCAGGCGUAGAGAGGGCGUGGCCUCAGGGCGGGGGCAGGCGGGGCCUCUGCGGCGCCAGGCGGGCGAGCGCUCCUCCUCCCGCGAUGCCUUCGGGGGUGCAGCCGUGCUUCCAGCUGCUCCGGAUCGGCUCGGCGGCCGGCGACUCGGCGAGGGACUUGUACACGUUCCGGCCGGCGCUGAGCCGCUCGGUGUUCCGGCUGGGCCGCGCGGCCGAGCUGUGCGACGUCACGCUGGACUCGGCGUCGGUGUCGCGGAUCCACGCCGAGCUGCACGCCGAGAGGGACGCGGGCGAGGACGAUGACGACGAGGAGGAAGAGGACGAGGAUGAGGCGCCACACGAGGAGGGAUGGACGGUCCACCUCAAGGACAGGAGCAGCCAUGGCACCUGGGUCAACGAGGUCCGCCUCCAGCCCGGCAUCCAAUGGGAGCUCUCGGACGGCGACACGCUGACCUUCGGCGGCCAGUCGGCUCCCGGGAGCCCCGAGUUCUACUUCCUCUUCCAGAAGGUCAAAGUUCGCCCGCUAGACUUCGACGCCAUCACGAUCCCAAAGGCGGGGACCUUCUCCUCCGACCUGCAGAACCGCAUCAGGACCAAUCUGGACCGCAAGGUGGCCGCCAACCUGGACCUGUCCAAGCUGUCCCUGAACCGGGCCACGGUCAUCCUCAGCUCCAUCGGCAGCCUGAGCAAGAUGAAGGGCAGCGCCUGGACCUUCAAGAGGAGCCUGAGCCACGGCGGCGCCGCCUCGGACCCGGGCUCCUCCUCCUCGCCGCCCCCGGCCGCCGGCCCGUCCUCGCUGCUGCCGCCGUCGACGCCGCCGCCGUUCUCCUCGGCGUCGGCGCCGUCCGCCAAGUCCUUCCAGCCCACCUCCUCCCGCAGCCGCAGGAAGUCGGCGCACACGGUGCUGCUGGAGGACGACAGCUCGGACGAGCCCCGGAGCCGAGGAGGAGCUCCGGCGGGCGGCGCCGAGGACGGCCAGCGGUCGAGGGCGAAGAAGAGGCGGCGCCUCUACAGGUCGGAGUCGGAGAGCUUCAGCUCGCCGGCUCCUCUGCAGCUGCAGCCCAGGAGCCACGCCGACGCGGCCCGGCGGCCGCCGGAGGCCAGGCCCUUCCCCGUCGGCAUCCGCACCAUCGGCAGCUUCCACGGCGCCAUGACCAACAGCCGCCUGGACCACCACGUCCUCCAGGCGACGCUCACCAAGCAGGAGGCGCCGGCGCCGCGGCAGGUCCAGACGGUGGUGCACGGCAACAUCGCCUCCUUCCGCCAGCAGAAGGCGGCGCACGGCUCCCCGGCGGCGUCGUCGCAGAGGGGCAGGAGGCGGGCUCUCUGCUCCCCGGUGUUCUCCCCCCUGGUGGUCGGAGGGGAGAACUACAGCCUGGCCUCGCCCUCGGUGAGGAUCUGCGCGGAGGAGCGAGGCCGGGUGCAGUUAAGCCGCUUCCACCAUCCCACCAGUAAACGGCGAGGCCGCCCCAGGAAGCACCCGCCCCCUCCCCGGCCCUGCUUGCCCUCCAUGCCCUCCUCCGUGCCCUCCUCGUCCUCCUCUUCCACCUCCUCCUCCUCAUCUGGCUCCUCGUCGUCCUCUUCCUCCUCCUCCGACGACGAAGAGGACGACGAGGAGGAGGGUGCGGCGGGCGGGGCGGUGGAGCCGUGCGCGGCGCCGCGCUGCCGGCUGCCGCAGCAGGACACGGUGCAGUGGAUCCAGUGCGACGUGUGCGACGCCUGGUUCCACCUGGACUGUCUGCAUGUGGACCGGCAGGAGCUGCUGAGGGACCCCAACGCCGACUUCCACUGCGGCUGCUGCUAGGGGCGCGGCUAGCGGGGCGCGGCUAGCGGGGCGUUGCUUCACGUAACAUUGCUUCACAUAACAUUGCUAACGUGGCGCUGCUAACGUGACACUGCUAACGUGACGUUGCUUCACAUAACAUUGCUAACGUGAAGUUGCCAACGUGACCUUGCCUAACGUGGCGCUGCUAGCGGGACGCUGCUAACGUGACAUUGCUUCACAUAACAUUGCUAACGUGAAGUUGCCAACGUGAAGUUGCCAACGUGACCUUGCCAAACGGGGCGUUGCUAACGGGACCCCGCCACGUUGUCCUCUCAACAGACCUUUCAUUAGAGGAAGAAAAGGAGUUUCCUUCCACUAUAUUUUAUUUUUUAAAUUCUUCUUCUUCCUCCCAAGUUUGGAUGACUCGUUAGCUAACGGUGGCGCUCGGUUCCGGGGCCGAAGCACACGGCGAGGUGUUCCCACCGUUCCGGUGCGUCGGCGCAUGUUUUCCAGACAAUUAACCUCCGGUAGAAUGUGUCGGUGGACUCUGGGUGUUGAUGGAGUUGAGGGGGGGGGAGGGGCUCCUGCAGUGUGAUGCCAUGAAAUAUCAUCCGCUGACGUACCCGUGGGGUCGUCUCUAAGGACACACACACACACACACACACACACCCCGUUCGUGUUCUGAAUGCAGUUCGUCUGGCGCUAGUUUUUACGUCCAUCGUACCGCUCGGCGCCUGUGUGUGUUUUUUGGUAUUUUGUGUGGAACAUUUGAUUCUUGAGCAAUAAAAUAAGAAAAUAUAUCUUAAAAAUAUGUAUAUAUUUGUUCACGUUGUAAUAGCAGAACUAAGACUAAUGAUCGGCCCCAGCCCGAAGACACGGCUCCUCCUCCGCGUUAACACGCCGUCGAGCUCGCCGCUUCAUGUUUUGAUGUUUUGAAGAUGAAUAAAUAUGUAAUACUUUCAA